UCAGAUUCCAGAGCGAAACAUGUCGUCACGGCUGAACAGCAACACCAAAAAGCAACUGAAGGACAGAGCCGGUGCGAUCUAGUGGAUUAAUUCAACCGUUUUUUUCUUUCUUACCUCAGAAACUCCCUCUCUGCUGAGUGAUCUCUUUAUUUAAUAGGCUAAUGCUCUCAUUUGGUUUAACAAUAAUCCGUCAUGGUGAGACACAGUACAACAAGGAUGGACUGCUUCAAGGUCAGGGAAUAGACUCCCCUCUGUCUGAAACUGGUGUGCAGCAAGCCGAAGCUGCUGGCCAAUACCUGCAAGAUGUUCACUUUACUAAUGUUUUUGCCAGUGAUAUGAAACGUGCCAAGCAGACUGCUGAAAUUAUUGUGAGGAAAAAUAAGACAUGCAGCAACCUAGACAUUGUGGCAGCUCCAUCUCUUAAAGAGAGGAGCUUUGGUAUUGCUGAGGGAGGCCAAGUGGAGGAGAUGAAGAAUAUGGCUAAAGCAGCAGGCCAGCCAAUCCCAGAGUACACGCCUCCUGAGGGAGAGACAAUGGAUCAGGUGAAGAUCCGGAUUAGCACGUUCCUUAAAUCUUUGUUCCAGCAGAUGGCGGAUGAGCAUCAAGACAAAAUAUGUCAAGGUGAUGAAUUUCAGCCAGACGGGCCGCUUGCGGGUCGCCCAGAUGAUGGAGUCCAGAAUGUGUCUGCUCAUGCUCUUGUGGUGAGCCAUGGUGCCUACAUGCGCGUGGCGAUGCGCUAUUUCAUUGAAGACUUGGCAUGCGCUGUGCCUCCAGGGGCAAACAUGGCUGAGAUUUUCUCGGCCUGCCCAAACACAGGAAUGUGCAGAUUCAUCGUGACUUUAAAAUCUUGUGAUGCAAACGUUCAACUGUCUGGUAUGAAGUGUGUAUUUGUCAACCGGCGAGACCACUUCAGGGCUGGGAACAACUAAAAUGAAGUUAUGUGUAAUUAAGUUUGAAAAGGCACUAUGGACUACUGUUGCUUGAAGAAAACAGAACAUUCUGAAAACCAAAAUUAUUCAGAGGUCAGGUUAUGCCAUUAUUCAUAUUCGAUGCAUUCAGACCUACAGUGUUAAAAUUUAAAUCAGUGUUUUGCCAUGAAAUCGGAAUGACAGCUUAUGGAGGAAACGGGAUAUUUUGCAAUGGACAGAAAAGAAAUGUUUUAAUGGGUGGAGUUCUACUUUCUGAACCAUUUGUGAAAUGCAUUAACUGUAACAGAAAUGUGUAUUUUAUGCCAGAUAAUAUAAAUUAAUACAAUUCAAACUGCGGCAAUGAUAACAAUGUGAACAUGUUACACAAUGAUAAUCAUUGUGAACACAAGAAAAAGCAGUGCCACAGCCCCUGACAGUAAGUGCAUGAAGGAAGUCAUAAAGCUAAUGAUGCACAGCUUUUGUUGUUACUGGUUAAUGGGGCUUUAAAUAAAGCUAAUCCCCCCCCCCCCCCCCUUUUUUUUUUUUCCCAGAGACGAUUCUGUGCCAGGAAGUACUAAACCUACUCUAGAUGGAAAAAAACCCAACUUAUACUCUGUGUUAUACCUGUACUAAUUCCCAUGCCAACACCUCUCUAGAUUUAUUAUGUUUUCAGACCCUGGCCUGUUUGGACUAAAGGGAAAGUAUUUUUUUUCAAAGCUACUAAGCACUUGUGUAACUCAGUGUCAAUAAGUGCAUUUGUCAGAUUCUAUAAAUGUUCACAAUUUUUACUGACUGAGACAAUAGCUUUUUCUUGUUUGACAUUUUGUGGGCAAUAAUGGCUACAAUUAUAAUUUCUCAGGAUUGAAGUCACUAUAACUUAUCACAAUUGUCUAUCCAAGUUAGCUAAAAUAAAAUGAUUGUACUUUCCUUUUAAAUUUUAUAACCUUUCAUUUAUAACAUAAAGUGACUUAGUAAGGUGUUCAGCCAUCGCAAGCCGUCAGAACUGCUUCAGUGCACCUUGGCAUCAAUUCUCUGGAACUGUACUGGAGCAAAGUACACUGUUCUUCCAAAAAAAAUUCCCUCAUUUGCUGUUAUGAUGAUGGUGCUGGAAAGCACUGUCUAACACUCCAAAAUCUCUCCUACUGUAGCUGUUCAAUUGUUUUGAAAUCUGGUGUGAAGGCCAUAGCAUAUGAUUUACAUUAUUUUCAUCUUCAUCAAACCAUUCCGUGAGCCCUUAUGCCCUGUGGAUGGGGUGGGGUUAUCCUGAAAGAUGCCACUCCCUUCAGGUAAUAAAUGUUUCAUCAUAGGAUAAACAUGAUGGGGGUGGAGUCAUCCUCGAAGAGACCACUCCCAUCAGGAUAUAAAAAUUUCAUCAUAGAAUAAAGGUGAUCAGUCAGAAGAACUUUGUAUUGAGUUACACAAUCAAGUAAUGCUUCAGUCUAAGGGGUCAAGUGAACCCAAAUGCCAGCAAAAUAAAUAACAUAAUAGAACUACAGUUUUCCCCUUUAAUUUGUCACCUGUCUGUAUAUGUGAAAUUGCUACUAUAUUAUACAACCGAACUGAUAAUUAAACAUAUGAAUGAAGCUUAAAUAUACCAUUUGAUGAAAAAAAAAAAAAAAUCAACA